CUAGAGUGAGUCUGUACUUAAGAUGUCACCGUUACGAUAAAAGAAGUGUUGAUUUGCAUAACUUAGACAAUGCUCCCCGACCAGGUUCCAAAAGUAGGGGUUGUGGGUGUAAAUUUAUGAUUUUAGGAACUAGUCGUAACCCAAAGGAAAGACCUUGGACGGUUAGAGUGUUUCCUGGUGAAAAAGGAAUACAUAACCAUCCGUUCUUCAUGUACAUAGAUGGUCAAAUAAGAGUAAAUAGGAUGACUGUGGAUAUCAGGCAGCACAUACGAGAUCUAAGUGCAACUGGCAUGCAACCAGCAUUUAUAAUGUCUUCAAUUAGAAGAAAUUUUCCUCGUUUUUAUGCUAGUAUGAAUCAAAUUUACAAUGAGAGACAGUCAAUGAGGAGAGAAGAGAUGGAUGGUAGGACUCCUCUUCAACACUGUCUGUAUAUGGCCACGGAGCAUAAUUAUGUAGUUUGGAGGGACUUGGAUAGUGAGGAUCAGUUGACUAGAUUAUUGAUUGCGAAUCCAACUUCUAUCCAGAUGCUACGUUCGUGGCCCCAUGUUGUGUUGAUAGACACAACGUACAAAACGAAUAAGCAAAAGUGGCCCCUUUGCGAAAUCAUUGGAAUGACGCCAACGAAUCAUAAUUUCUUGGUUGCAUUAUGUUUGAUGCGAGAUGAGGCGGCUGUGUCUUAUUCUUGGGUGUUGGAGAGGUUGAGGGAUAUUUACGGGACAGUGCAGACGCCGGAUGUAAUCGUAACGGAUCGGGAUGAGGGUUUGUCUGCAGCUAUUCAUGCUGUCUUUCCAGAUGUACGACAUCUAUUAUGCGUAUGGCAUAUUGGCAAUGACGUGGAGAACAUGGUCGAUAAAUUGUGUGGCGGCAAGAAAAAUCAACAGGGCCAGUUAUUCAGGCAAACAAAAUGGAACCCCUUGGUUAACAGUAUGACGAUCGCCGAUUUUGAAAACAGAUGGGAAGGGAUUAGAGUUAAAGUUAAAUUAUUCGGUUUUUACUCUCUUGAGAGUGUGGGAUUUAUCUUUUAUCAUAAGGGAAUUUGUAAAUUGUUCUUCGGGAAAGAACGUGAUGUGAGAAUAUAUUCAGGUCGCCAAAGUAAUACAAAAGUUUGGAGGAAUACACAUGGGAGAGCUAAUCCUAAGGCAAACUCCAGCCUAAGACGUUGUCCGUCCUAUUCGGGUUGUCAAAGGACUAGGGAUAUUGAAUUGCCUAAAAUGAUGAUGCCUCAAGAUCCUGACUUCUUUGUUAAGCCUUAA